GCGCCGAGAGACACGACGGCUCUCCCCCGACUAAUGCAAGCUUAUUGUUAGGAAAGCCAGGGGACUGUUAACCAAAGAGACCUAAACAUUCACAGAGAGUCCUUUACGCACCGGCGGAGACAAUAGCGGAUUCCAACAUAUGCAUGUCGCUGUAACAGUAUAGCUGGUUGUAUAGACGUACGCUGCUACCCCACUGGUGGAAAUCAAAGGCUGUACAUGGCGGUGGAGAGUACAAUUUGGCUGUUCUGUCUUCUUUCGCUGUUUUGUGGUCCAUCCAAGCAAGAAAAGCCUGUUUCCGUGGAGCUGAGCUGCGGGGCUGGGCCCAGCCAUGUAGUGUUGGAGCCAGGUUUGCCCCUCUUGCUGGACUGCAACCUUGGGGCCAGCGAUACACCCUUCAAUGUCACCUGGCUUCAAAAUGGCCAGCCUUUGCCUCCGGAGGGGGGCGACUUCCUGCAGUAUUUGGCCAACGCAUCCCUCCUCCUGCUGCCGACCUCUAAGGAUGGCCAGCCUGCCCACGGUGUAGAGGGGGGCUACAGCUGCAUGAGUGCCAGCGCCAUUGGAGCACUGACCAGCCGGACUGUAAAUGUUCUCCUAGCAAGUCUGUCCAAGUUCCAUCAGGAGCCAUCACCCCAAACGGUGCCCGCUGGGGGAGCUGCCCGCUUCGAGUGCCAGAUUGAGGGAGUACCCACACCAGUUAUUACCUGGGAAAAGGACACAGUGGCUGUCCCCGAGGACACAAGGUUCAUUUCCCUUCUUAACGGGGUGCUCCAGAUUCUGGAGGUGACCAAGGAGGAUGAGGGCGCCUACCGCUGUGUCGCGUCCAACUCUGCCAGGAAGGACAUCAGUCAUGAAGCCAGGCUCACUGUCACCACAGGCUCUUCUGAAGCCCUAAAUGGAGUUGCAAUUGUUGCACCACCUCAGAAUGCAACAGUCGUACUCGGCCGUCCUGCUGUGAUGGAGUGUAUGGCACAAGGCCAGCCGAAGCCACUGGUGUCCUGGAGCAGGCAAGAUGGAAAGCCCAUUUCCACUGAUGUGGUCGUCCUUGCAACAAACCUGGUGAUUAGGGACACAAGGCGUCACCAUGCCGGCGUCUAUGUCUGCCGGGCCAACAAGCCCAAGACCAGAGAAUUUGUCAUUGCUGCUGCUGAGCUGCAUGUGCCUGCCCCUCCAGUUAUUCUCCAGCCCCCAGAGACAGUGUCCCUUUCCCGGGGAAACACAGCCAGGUUUGUGUGCAACAGCUCCGGGGAGCCUCCUCCAGUGUUGCACUGGCUUAAGGACGGUAAGCCCAUCAGGUCAUUCAGACGGGUGAAGACCCAAAGCCCCGGAGUCCUGCUAAUCAACCAGCUUGCCCUAGAGGAUGCGGGCUACUACCAGUGCAUAGCAGACAACGGGCUGGGCACGGCCUGUGCCACUGCCAAGCUGACGGUCAUUGUGAGAGAAGGUCUGCCCAGCCCUCCUCGCCACCUGUCUGCCACGCCCUACUCCAGCACAACUGCCCUGCUCGUCUGGGAGAAACCUGAGUACAACUCGGACCAAAUCAUCGGCUAUUCUGUGCACUACCAACGUGCUGCAGGCUCAGACAAUAUGGAGUACCAGUUCGCAAUGAACAACGACACCACAGAGUAUCACGUCAAAGAGCUUCUCCCCCACACUGCUUACACAUUCUUUGUAGUGGCUUACUCUCCCAUGGGUGCCAGUCCCCCAUCCCCGCGUGUAACAGUAGAGAUGCUGGAGGACGUGCCAAGCGCACCUCCCCAGCUGUCUAUAGCCAGCACAUCCCCCACAGACAUCAGGCUGAUGUGGCAUCCAUUGUCCUCGCAGCACAGUCGAGGAGCCGUUACCCGCUACCGCAUUGAGUACAGCACUCUGGAUCAGUUGGACACUGUGUUCUCAGUGGAAGUAGGGGGUAAUGAGACUCAGUUCAUACUGAGAGAGCUGCAGCCCAACCAGGUUUACCGAGUAAGGAUAGCAGCUGGGACGGGCGUCGGCUUUGGGGUGCCCUCUGAGUGGGCCCAGCACCAAACAUUAGCCCACUACAACCACAGCGACCACAGCAUGGCGAUCUUUGCUCCUACUGAGCUGAAGGUCAGAGCCAGGGUGAACACACUCAAUGUGACAUGGCAUCCCUCGCCCAAUCACACCCUGGUCUCUGGUUACAAGCUGUCCUGUCGAGAGGUGGAGGCUGACGAAUCAGCCAAUGGAGAGAGGACGACACAGACUCACACCAUCAGGCUCCGUAAGAAGGCCAGGUAUCAUCUCCUCACUGGGCUGGUGCCUGACCGGCAGUACGAGGUGAGAGUUUGGGCAUUCAACAAGCAGAUUGAAGGAGCAGCUGCGGUGUGGAAGGGAAGGACGGACAAGAUCCAUGACCGAACGCCACCGCCGCCCAUGCGCCCUCCUCCGCUGCCCCCAAGCAGCAUCCAAGCCAUGGCCAACAGCUCCACCUCCAUCUGGCUGCGCUGGGAGAAACCACGGUUCAGCAACGUACGCAUCAUCAACUACACAGUGCGCUGCAGCCCAGCAGGAACCACCAACGCCUCCCUGGUCUCCUAUUACACCAGCUCUGCGCAGGAGAUACUGCUCGGGGCGUUGAGGCCCUUCACCCGCUACGAGCUGGCGGUGCAGUCUAAUGGCGUGGACGUGGUGGGACCCUUCAGCAGCACAGUGGAGGAGUCUACUCUGUCUGACCGGCCCUCCACACCUCCUGAGGAGCUGCAGCUGAGUGCUCUGGACUCCUCCUCUGUGCUGGCGAGCUGGCGCCCUCCGCUGGAGCCUAACGGUAUCAUCGUCAGCUACAGGAUCUUGUUCAGUGGCAACCUCAGCCAGCCUGAGCACUUGUGGGAGAACCUCUCUCAGGAUGGGAGCAUUACCAGUGUGGAGGUCCAGGGUUUAUCCGGGGGCACCCGUUACUUUUUUAAGCUGGGAGCAUCUACUGAGGUGGGGCCAGGGCCUUAUACACCUGUAAAGGAUGUUCACACACCCCAUCAGAAAUAUGAGCUGGACAUCCACGCAGUGACAGGCAUCAUAGUCGGUGUGUGUCUGGGACUGAUAUGCAUCCUCCUUUGCAUGUGUUUCAGCUUUCGAAAUGGCAAAUCCAGAGAGGUGUCUGGGGGCUUGGACUCCACAGCUGUGACCCCUCAGUACAGGCGAGGAGGUUGCCCCGUUCCCUCCAAAGUGCCAGAGUGCAGCGAUAGCCACGAGCUAGAGACACUGAUGCCCCCAGGCAGCCAAGAGUCUGGUCAGCAGCUAGAAGAGGCCCCAGAGGAGCAGAGCCUGAUGGCAAGUGCUAAUCCAGGGGAAGGGGAGGAUGCCCCUGCACCUGAACCCAAGGCUGCUUGGAAUGGCUCUGUGAGUCAUAACUGGGCCAACAGAAUCACUAGAUACAGAGACACCAUAACAGAAGACUCUCCAACACUCAUUAAUGGAGCUCUCAACAUGCUAAUUACUGAUAAUGGCACGGACUUAGAAGAUUGUCUGUGUACAUCGGUGUGCAGUAACCAGGUGGAGGCAGAAGUCAUUGUUCACUCAGAGCUGUCAGACCCAGGACGGGUGAAAGAGGAGGAGGAGGGCAGUGACAGUGAGAAGGAUUCUAACACCACCAGGGGACCCUCAUUAUCAGAGGACAGAUAUUCCCCUCUGAGUCAGCCAAGCCCACCAGGAGAGGGGGACACUCUCGAAGAACUCUCAUUGGCCCAAAGCCCCACGAGUCUUUCCUUGAUGAAGUUGGUGGCUAAUCACAACGGGGAGCUACAGGGCACAGGAGACCAGUUGAGCGCAGACAUAGAGGCGCAGCAUGACAUGGGGCUUACCAAUGGCUUCCACUCCCCAAAGACCAUGCGUUCUGCACUGAGGUCAGAGCAUCUGGAGAACGGGGACUCCAGACACUGCCCUUCGGCACCAGGGAAGGCCAUCUCUGCUGGGCUGUCCCCUGCCCCCUUUGUCAGCUCCGGCCUUGUCCACUCUACCUCAGCAGCACACAGUUAUCUGUGCCCGUAGCCCCUGCAUGUAGGGCAUCGACCCUUACACACACAUACAGACAUCUGACUGAUUUUUGUUCUUUUACGUACCCAGGAAGAAUCCCUAAGGAUUAUUUUUAUGCACCUCAUUACUGGUUUCCUUUCUCGUCCUUGCAAAGUUUUUAUAGGUACUUAGAAUCCAUUGUUUCAUACGUGUGUGUAUAUACAGUACACAUAUACAGUAUAUUUUUAGUGGUUGAGUACUGUAUAUGGGUAUGCAUUCUCAAGCAUUGCAACCAUAUUUUCCUCUGGGGUUUUAUUCCUGUCUGUGGGAAAGAAAGAAAAGAAAGAUUUAACUUAACCAAGCAGAUGGAAGUGGAUUGAAGGAGGCUAUUCCCACUGUGUCGCACAUGGCUCUGCUCCACUCAGGAAUGAGAAAGCCUGGAAUGUUCUGUGAGUGAGCGAGACAGGCUAUCAUCAUGGAUGGGAGGAUAGGGAACACAGGCUCAAAUGAUCUCCCUGGGUUUCGUUGUGUGGAUGCUACUUUACCAUGGCACUGAGGAAUAAGCCUUAAAGAGUAUCUGCACACUCUGAGAGUGCAGAACACCUGUGUCUCUCUCCAGCCUCCUGCUGUCUCAGGGUCCACACAUACACACAUACACUCUGAAACACACACACACAGGAAGCUAAGGUACAGCUGAUUCCAUGGUAUCUCACAGAAACUCAAAUGGUCACCCAUAAACACACAUUUACACACACAUAUCCUGACUGGAGUGUGGGGGUCUCAGGUGCCUAAUUAUUGUAGGUGCGUUUAUAACCUCUGUAUAUUUCUAUAGAUGAUUCUAUUAAGUACAAGUACAAAACACAUGUCAACAUGGAGGAAAAAACCCUUAAAAUGUAAAAAGAUAUGGAUUAUACAGAUUUGGUACACAUGAAGUAUUCUUCUCCAAAAUGCUAUAUAUCCAGGUGGAGUGGUUUUGUAAAGCAGGGACACUCAGCUGAAAAGUAAAAAGUGGUUUUGCUGUAUUUCAGAUGGUGGAUAUAGCAUUUUGGAAUCAAAGUAUUUACAUGUUUAUGUUGGUAUUGGUUUAAUUAUGUUGGUGGGAGAACCAGCAAAAAUGUUACAACAACCCAUCUGUAGACCUAAUUGAUUUGGCUCCCAGUUAGGGAUGCACCAUACUGUGCUCUUGGUUGUCAAUUUUAAUUAAGUAUAAUAAUUUUCUUAAGUGAAAGACUUUUUUUAACUGGAGGGGAAUUCAACUUGACUCUAGAAGUCUGUCUAAUCCUGGCAGAAUGAAAAAAUAUUCCACGACACGAUACUCUGCUACAGUACCAGAAACCAACAAAAGCUGACUUGAAAUUUUUUAAUGUAUCUGAUAGGAAAUAGGUUUAAUAAGAAAAUAAAAUAAAUGUUCUCCUUUUUUUUUUUUUACACUGAUCCAAAACAUAUUCUUUAAGUAUUCAAUCAGAUUGUUUUCCAUAAUUGACUAAUAUGUAAAGCAGAGUGAGUCAGUAUUGGUUUUGGCAGUGUAAAGCGGAACUGGUGCAUCCCUACUCCUUAUCAACAACACUACCUCAUUUCUUUUCAGGAUGGUUUCCAGUGUGGUUUUAUUAGUUUUAUGUAACUAGCACCUUUUAAAGGUCUUUUUCUUUCUUUUUUUUUUUUUUUUACAGUCUUUGGUAUUUGCAGAAAUAAUCGUCCGACACUGACUGUACGUUCUUGUGUUAUGUCAAAGGAAUUCAUGAUGCUUUAAUGCAUUGCAGCUUCCUCUCAUAUCUCUAAAAUACUGUGUCACUCAGUACAAUAUUACUGUUAAAUCUCAACAGAAAACAUAAACACCCAGUGUCUUUGAUAUGAAGCACCUUAAACUAGGUUCAACCAAUUUCAUCCAAUUACAGUUUUGGAUGCUGAUUUCCAGUCAAACGAGUGCCACCUAUGGGCAAGGAAAGUAAUAGCUCCUGUAAAUUGACAUUUAUGCCACCUGCCGGCAAUGAGUGUUACUGUUAAUUUUUUUUAAUGGUUUUUACAGAUUCGGAGUGAAUGUGUCUGCUUUGAAAGUUUUAUAAAGCACAUUAAAAUAAUUCCUUUUUUUUUUUAGCUAACAUGUAACACACAAUGUAAAACUAAAAAGUAAAAUCCUGGUCACACCAGAAACAGCAGUUCCAUUGAAAUGAAUCACUAAUGUAGAGUUUAACUUCAGCGAGGUUUGAUAUGUGAAUUUGCACCAUUAACCAAUAACAAGCCGUCAGUGCUCACCUUUGCGCCUCGUUUCCACUUACGUAUGUGACUGAUGUCCGUAGAUCCGUAAAUACACGGGUGAUGCCUCUAGUGUCCAACGAAAGGAAGUGCAUUUCUUUACGGAUGGAUAGAAACCUGAUAGAAACCUAAGGCUAAUUUUGUCCGGUUUUUGCCAUCCAGUAGUUUGGAAUAUCUGCUUGGAGCAUUACCGGGACAUUUUUUUUAGCAUGUUUUGAGAAAUAUUAAAGUAAAAAGACGUAUGAACGGCUCAAUGAGUCAUAAUGACAAUCUGACUGUAUGUAUAACCAUAUUUUAGCAGAAUAAUGCUACUCAGAUUUACAAUGUGUUAAAACUAUAAACAAGUUAUUUUUAAUCAUAAAAACUCACUUGACAAUCAACAAAGGCAACUGAAUUGAAGAAAACAGCCUGUUAGUCAGUUAGCAGCCUGUUAGCUAGCACACUGUAAUACGGUCUCUUUCAAAUCCACUGCAAAAGUUUAAUUUUUUUAACUUACCUGAGGCAGAUUCGAGACUGAAAUAUUAUGGUGGGGAGUUUCGCAGGCACAUCAGAUAUCGCAGAGAUUUCCGUAGGAAUGAAUGGACAGUUGCCUCGUCUUCAUACACAUACCUAAGUGAAACGAGGCGGUAAGGGGAUGGAGAUUUACUACCUCCUCUGUUGAAGUGAAAACAAAAUAGCAAUGGUUAGCAGAGAGUAAUGAGACAGGAGUGAAUGGUCCAAAUAUGUCAUUUAUAUAAACUGUGUGAACUUGUUCUUUUACCAACUGAGCAAAGCUACAAGGCUAGCUAACUAAGCUUGUUAGCUCAGAAAGCUUUGUUUUCCCUCAUCAUUAACUUUAUUGAGCAAAACAUUGUGCAGUGGUGAACAAAGUGCCAGGGUGAAGUAAACAGAACAGAAGAGGAGAUAUUGUGACUGACCAGUGCUGGACCAGCUGGGCAAGCUACUAUGUUAAGAGUUAGCUCGCUAUCCACAUGGAUGUAUAAAGAAAACUGGGUAUUGUGUCAGAUGUUGCACAAUGGUGCAUCAAGCCAAAAAAAAAAUUAUUUCUGGGUAUAAAAUUACCUGGAUCUUUUGCAUCAAUAGGGCAUAGAGCAAGCACACCAGACUUCCUCCGUCAGAGCAGCUAACUUCCAGUUUAGCCCUUGGCUAACUUGAAUGGGGAUAAAAUUAUUUAAUCACAAGGCUCUUGUAGACUUUCAAAAUGUUUUCAGACUGAAUGGAUCAAAUCCUGAUAGUGAAAAGAGUCAUUUUGCAGGGGUUGUGUUCGCUGUUUAUUCCGUUAAAGAAUACUAUGACAAAAAAUGUUGGUCAAAGACAUUUUCUUCCAUGACAAAGACAAGACAUUGACAAGCUAAAAACAGAUAUUUGAAAUUAUAAUAAUUAAAAUUAUGACAAAGGUAUGUUCUCAUGACGAGACGAGACGAGACGACAUGAAAAUGUUCAUGGUGGGCUAUCUGAAAAUGAGAAGAGAGGAGAAACUUAUUAGUAAAAACUGUUUUUAAAGUCAAAGUCCGAGAAUGGCUGUUACUUGCAUUUAUUUUCUUGUGCCGUAGCAUUAUGAGAUAGGACCGCUGAAGGCCUUGUAUACUCCGGCAAAUAGUCAGUGCCAGGAUGUUUAACUAACCAGCAAAACAUUAGUGCGAGUUGUGAGCUGUAAUUAGGCAGUAAAUAAGCAGCCAAGUAUGUCUGACUGUGGAUGGUGGAACUGUUGAAUGGUUUUGUGGAGUUUGUUGGUGCAGCAGCGGCUGUUAGCCUGACAGGCAAGUAGAAGGCUUGUUAAAAGUUUUUAUCACUGACUCUUCCAGCGGCCAUGAGUCUAAACCUCCAGACAAACAUUUUGCAGGUUUAAGAAGAAUUCUGGCUGAAGUAAAGUUUUUUUUUCAGCCUUUUAACAGUAGAUCAAUAAGUUGGCAGGUGGCAGAAGUGUUAGAAAUACAGUAGCUUUACCAUUCUUUGCCCAUAGGAGGCGAUACUCAUGAGUAAGAGUGAGUUUGUGAGUAUAUUACAAGCUGGUUUCAUGAGGUGCUUCACAUCAAACAGACUAUUUUAAAGAUGACUACACUACACCUAAACUCAUUUCGCUUGUGAUGGAAAGAAAGGAUGAGGGUAUGCCUACUCUGUAUGAGUGUGAUAUAAACUGUAGAUGAAACCCAUACAUCUGUAUGAUUCUGAGAUAAUGGCAAGUUUGCCAAGGUUGGGAUUAGUUUAUUAAAAACAGUAAUAAUAAUAACAAUAAUAAAUAUUCACUUUAGAUUAACAUAAUUAAGCAGAGCAUUGAGUCCAGCCCUCUUGUAUAUCAUCCUCUCUCAGGUGGCUUCCUUCUAGUCAUCCAGCAGUGAGAAGGGAGUGGAUACUCCACUUCUAUUCUGCCCAAGUUUCUACCAAUGUCCAUGCAAGUGUCAAACUCUCACCAGCUCAACUCAGCCACAUCAGCAACAGAAAUGUAAAUGGUUCCUCAUAACAUGUAUGAAACACCCUGAACAUGUUUCUCACCAACAUAAUAGUGUUUUCUCUAAAACUUAUAUUGUUCUUGACUUUCCGAACAAAAUGCAUGGUUGGUACCUCAAAGAAAAUUAUUUUUUUUAGCCUUGCCAUGUAUGUAUACUUAACAUCACAACAAGAUGAACAUGUUUUUGCAGCAGUAGCAGUCAUAUAGGGACAGAAGUGAAUGUGUUUUUAGCAAACCUGGGUCAAACAUUAACUGCAACAUCUUUUGGGGGUGAAUAAGUGGGGUUUGCCACAUCAGGAAAAUUCAGAUUUUAACAGCUGUCAGUUACAGAAAUUUUUAUUAAUACCUUCUCAUUAGACUAAAAUGUAUGGCACCCACUGUAACGUGCUAUUUGGCAAACCUCACUUAAAUAGUACUUAAAGAGCAAUUUAACAUCAAGCUCACCUAUGGCAGGAAACUGCUGCUGCACCUCUCAACUCAUCAAUCUAAAGUGACAAGUGUGUUUUACUUGUGGCCCCAUUCCAAUUAGGGGUGCCAGAACAUGUUGCCAUCAGCUGUUAAAACACUUGCUGUGACAUCAUUUUGGUUAGAAUUUAAAUGUAUAGAAAGCUGUGCAGCCGCGGCUUUCCGGCCCUGUGGUUUGAUGAUCAUUUGUCCUUUAUAUGCAGUAAGCUCAAGCAAACCACCAAAAUGUGUAUAUUUUUGAUUCAGUUUCUUUACUGAUACUGUUCUAUAUUGAUGCCGUUUCUUGUUAUCCUUAAAAAGCCUGUGUGUCCUGAGUGCAGAAAGAAGCAUAAUAUUCUCAAAAGCAUUCCAGUUUGAUAUCUUAAACAUACCUCUCUCAGUCCAGGUCAGCCAUGAUAAUGAACCUUAAGAGGAGAAGUGCUAAAACCUUAGACUGUGUUCCUGCUCUGAAAGGUUUAAUGAAGACCUUGGUUCAGUUAUCCAUUCACUACACCAUUUGCAGAUACUGAAGCCUGAGCUGCAGUGUUUGCAAAACUGCUUGGACUACGACCAAGUGCAUGGAGGUCACUGAACCAGAGCCUUUACAGGAAUACUUCACCUGCAAAAUGACCAUCUGUAUAACAUUUACCUUGAAUUCAUGAAGAACAAAUUCUUUCCCCAUGCUUUCAAAGAAGACGAAGAAUCCAAAAAAGGCGAACAUUCUUCGUAAAUCGAAAUAAGCAGGGACUUCAUUUAACAACAGCAGCUAUAUCAAAACAUCUUUUUACAAACUCUCACAUAACUCCUGCAGUAUGAUCCAAGUCUCAGUUCUUCAGUCGUACACUCAGUGCUUUCCAAAACAUGCAUUUUUGCUAAAACAUUUAAAAAAAUGUCAGUACAAAUGGUCCUGCUACUGGGUCAUGUGUGGCUUGCACAGAGCUCAUACCGCUAUUUGUAGGCAGAAGUGUUUUAUACAACACAUUCUUACUCCGACCUCAUCAAAUAUAAACGUUUUGGUCAUGGACUUUCCACGUCCACAUAGGACAUGCAAGGUACCCUGGGUGCGUUGGUAGUUAACUCUCUUGGGACACCGUGUUAAGUUCUGCCUGUUACAUGCUUUGUCUUCAUUCAAGAUACACUUCUGUUAUCACAGGAAAUUUACAUCAGUACAACACCAAAAAUUUACGUUUUUUUGUCGUUCAACAACA